UUAUUUUGACAACUUCCGCUUUCACCUGGAAGUACAACAGACGUUUUGCAAACCACCUUGUAUUGCAUAGAAGAUUCACAGCAGAUCUUUGUGAUUUAAGACUGUAACUGAUUAAAACUUCAUUCGAAAUUUAAAAAGACUUAUCAGCCGCUCAGCUGACAUGCUUCCUUUAUCUUUACUGAAGACAGCACAGAACCACCCGAUGCUGGUGGAGUUAAAGAAUGGUGAGACGUACAACGGUCAUCUGGUCAGCUGUGACAACUGGAUGAACAUCAACUUGAGAGAAGUUAUUUGCACCUCACGGGAUGGAGAUAAAUUUUGGAGGAUGCCGGAAUGCUACAUUAGAGGAAGCACCAUUAAAUACUUACGAAUCCCUGAUGAGAUCAUAGAUAUGGUGAAAGAGGAAGUGCUAUCGAAGGGACGUGGCCGGGGAGGCAUGCAGCAGAACAAACCACAGGGAAAAGGCAGAGGAGGCGGACCUGGAAGAGGCGGUGGAGCCGGCAGAGGUGUUUUUGGUGGCCGUGGCAGAGGCAUGCAAGGACCUGGCCGUGGACAGCAACAAGACAAAAAGCCUGGAAAACCACAAGUUUGAUCAUCGGCCAAAAAGAGUGACUGACUUUAAUUUGAAAUGGGCGUCCUGGAUCUCUGUGAAGAUUUUAAUUUGGACAAGUUGAUGUAAAAAUGCUCCUCCAUUUUUCUCCAAAUUGUUUUUAUUUUCUGUUCUCACAUUUUGGUGCAUGUUUUCACAUUUGCUGUUUUAAGUUUUUUGUUUUUGUGCUUUAAAAUACAACCAUGGUGUAACUUGUGUAUAAUGCACUUGUGAAUAAACAAUUUUUGUUAAA